CCAAUCAAAACGAGGCUACCACUAUCAUUCAGGUUAAAGAACAUCUAUAAACUAUUAUCACGUUGAUCAGCUGAGCAGACGUUCGCAGUGAGAUCGUAACAAAAGUUUUUUUACCAUAACUAAACCUGUAUAAUUGUAAAAUAGAAUUAUUAUAAAAAGAUAUAAAUUAAAGUAGAAACGUGCUCCUUUCGAUUAUUUCAAAUGUAAUUGUAUCUUCAAAAGUUAUUGAAAAUUAUUAAAUAUUUUUACAAUCUAUGCUCAGUUAAUAGAAAUGAUUCUUCGAAUUUCUAUGAUGAUUUACGGUUAUGUUGCUUAAGUUGAAUUUCUCUUUCGUAAAUAACAAAGAGUGAUAUGUUUGUUAAACUUCUUAAGUGGCUGCAUUAUUUCAUUAAAUAAAAAUGGAACGAAAUGGCGCGAGAGAAAUGGAAGAACGAAUGUGUAUAAGAGAUACUGGUAAAACAUUAAAAAAGUAUGGCAGUACAGCCAAACAUAUUACACGAACUGAAAGCUUAGUAAAGCAUGCUGUAUCAGCAACUGACACGCUUCAAGGAAUUGCUUUGAAAUACGGAGUUACAACCGAACAAAUAAGAAGGGUGAAUAGAUUAUGGGCCUCUGAUAGUUUAUUUUUAAGGGAACAUUUACUUAUUCCAGUGAAUUCAGAAAGCCCUUUAACAUUAUCUAUUGAUAAUACCAAUGAAACUGAACACAAUACAGUUCAGAAUAUUUCUAGUCCAUCUUCAAUAGCAUCAUCCGUUGAUGAUGACAAUUCAGUUAAUGAUUUUUUAGCUAAAAUGGAUUCUUCAAUUGCCAAUGUAAAAAGAGAAGUAAAACGUACUCAAGGGAGCAGUGAAUUUUGUGCUGAGGAUAAUAUCUAUGUACAGCGACAUAGAGUGCCUACUAAACUACGUAAUUCCUUUCCUAUGACUUCGAACACGCAUACAAUAUCAUCUCCUUCAGAACUAUUGAGACCGUCAUCUUCUAGUGAUAUGCAUAACUUCCCAACUGCUGUAGUUAUGACUCAGGGUAGAAAAGUGAAAACAUCGUUACAAAGACUUCAACAACAACAGGAUGAAAUAUUCCAGUUGUAGCAACUAAAUGUUAUUGGACUGUAAUCUGUUCAAAAUUGACAGUGUCAUAGAGCUUGAAGAAAAAAUUUAUUGGAUGCUGAAUAACGUAUUGGAAAUAAUAGAAGAUUAUUUCAUAUGUAAAAUUGGUUGGUCCAGAAUUAAUGUAAGUUGUACUCAUUCCUUCUUAUAAACUGUUUAUAAUGCUUUAACUUCUACAUGAAAACUUUUGUAAAAAGUAACGUUGACAAUUUCUAUUCUUAUAGUCUCAGUACUAUCAGCAUUGGAUCAACUAGCUCUCAUAUUGUCCAAACAUAUUUUUGAAAUAUUUCCAACAAUAUUUCUUAGUGGACCAUAUGUGCCUUUAACCCAAAUCAAUUGUGCAAUAAAUCUGGCAUUAUUCUUUUUAUACUAGCUUUGAAAGAUUGCUUUCUUUUCAUGAUUUAUGAUACUAAACGAAUUUUGUUUAAGGCUUUAUAAACAAGCACAUAGCGUUCUUCGAAUGUUUUAUAAACAUUAGAAUCGACUCAAAUGAACUUCUAAUUUUGCUAAAAUUAUAUUACAAAAUUACUCAUAUGAACUACGGUUUAAUACAUUAAUUAUAAUCAAAUGUUAAUACUCCACUCCAUUAUACUUUUCUCUGGUCUUCCUAAUAGAGUGCUCUCAAUAUUAUUUCUUUAUAUUAGAAAGACAUUUUGAUUUUGUUCCUACAAAACUUAAAUGCUGAUUUAGGCAAAUAAGUACAGCUUCAAUGACUGUUCAUAUUAGUAAUAAUAAAAUCAUUAAAAUUCGUCCAUCUGAUUCUUUCGAACAUUUAAAAUAUAUGUACAGAAUUUUUAUGUAAAGUUAAUAUAUUCAUAUGUGAAUAUUUAUAAAGAAAAAAUGGAAAAUUUUAAACAUUACCACAAUUCAGUUAUUGGUUAAAAUUUUGAUAAAUAAUUUUGUAAUCGUAUGUUUACUAUCAUUGUGACAAAAUUUAGUAUAUUAGAAAAUUUAUAUGCAUUGCACAAACUAUUCUAAUAUAAAUUAUAAUUCUAAACAAUUAAAACAUUUUUUUGAAGAAUUUUUUAUUUCUGAAGCUGAUAACUGUCUUUGAAAAAAUGGUUCAAUUAACUUCAUA